GCUGGUUUCAGUUUCUAGGUCGUUCCUCAAUGGUGGAUAUUUCCAACAUUCUACUUUCACAGUUUCCUGAUCCUCAACAUCCAUAUAUAUCUAAAAGUAUUGCAUAUUCAUGGAAAGCAUGUCAAAUAUGGGAUCUAAGUUAUCUUUCAAAUGAAAUAAACAAUCCUAUAAAAUUUCGCCUUGGCAAAAAACAAUGUACCCAUAUACAAUGGGAACCAUCCUGUCCAUAUGUUAUUGCUACAAUAACAGAAUUUAAUAAUUGGAUAAAUGGAGUGGACAGUGUAAAUAAUCCUUUUAAUGCAUAUCCUAAAGAAAUUUGGUGGGCUUAUGCAGACUACAUACAUAUGUCACAGUGUUCAGAAUUUAAAAAAUUGAUCAAAGAUUUAUCAUUUGAAGAAUUGUUCCCAUUUUUAAUCAAUAAUAUCAAUCCAACAUUUUGGCUUGGAUCAUCUAAAGCUCAUACUAUUUGUCAUCGUGAUACCUAUGGUGUUAACUUAGUUGUACAAAUUCAUGGUUCAAAACGUUGGAUAUUGUUUCCACCAUCAGAUAAUCCAUAUAUGUAUGAAACUAGAUUACCAUUAGAAGAGUCUACUGUAUUUAGUCAAGUUAAUUUUACAUUACCUAAUUACAAAGAACAUCCUCUUGUAUUGAGAACAACUCCUUAUACUGUGACACUUAAUCCAGGCGAUAUUCUCUAUGUUCCAAGAAAUUGGUGGCAUUUUGUUGAAUCAUUAUCUAAUUAUGAUUAUACUUGUUCAGUAAAUUUAUGGAUUGAUCAACCUUAUCUUGAUAAUAAAGUACGCUUUAGAGAAAGUCUUACUCAAUUAAUCACUUUCUCAUUGAUAUCCAAUUGUAAGCAUAUUGAUCAUAGAAGAUUAUUGCAUCCUUUUGAGUUAAAAACCUAUGAAACAGAAACAUGGUUCACAAAUUUAGUGGAUUAUUUACGAUUACUUUAUCGUCAGAAUUUUGAAAUACUUUCAUCAGAGGAUAAAGAAAAGGAAGAAAAGGUUAAAAAAAGUAAAAUUUUCCCCACUAUCGAUUGGAAGCCUUUAGUUUCAGAAAAGUUAAACAACUUAUACCAAUCUUUGGAAAAUGAUUGUCAAUUCAAUGUGAUGAAUACGCUUAGUUUUGAAAAUAUCAUUAAUGCAUUUAUAAAACCAGAUGUUAUUGAAUUAGUUGCUAAACACCUUGAAAGUGAUAUUAUCAAUAAAAGUUUAUAGAAAAAACAAAGGAAACUUUGUUAUAAUUGUUUUUUUUUUUUUGUCUGACUAUUUCCUCUUUAAUCAUAUUUAAACCUUAAUAAUCAUAUUUAUUUUAGGUAGAUCAUACUUAUCUUUAUUG